AUGCCCAAACUGGACGAAAGACAUAUCACGUUUGAGACGGCAAGUGAAGAGGACGUCAAUUACACGUCACUUCGGCAGUUCGCUUUUAUUAAACGGUUUUCUGAUCGUUUAGACUCUAUAGGUGUGGAAGUUAGAGGCAUUGAAAGAAUUCCACCUUAUGAACGGUCCACCAAUAGAGUCAAGCAGUUUAUCACUGUCACGGGACUUUGGUUGUCUGCAUGUGGAGGUUUAUCAUCCAUGUCGUCAUUCUAUUUGGGACCGUUACUUUUUGGUCUUGGAUUGAAGAAGACGUUGAUCACUGGACUAUUAGGACAGUUCAUUGGAUGUUUCAUUGCUGCAUACUGCUCUCUCAUGGGCCCCAGGUCCGGCUGUAGACAGAUGGUCAGCGCUCGUUUCUUGUUUGGCUGGUGGACUGUCAAAUUGGUGUGUUUGGUGAGUAUGAUGGGAGUUCUCGGAUGGUCGGUUGUCAACUGUGUCGUUGGUGGACAGAUUUUGUCAGCCAUGAGUAACGGAUCCAUUCCACUUGUGGUUGCCAUUGUGAUCAUUGCUGUGGUCUCGUUGUUGAUUUCUAUUGGAGGAAUCAAGCAUUUACUUCGUGUGGAGGCUUUUCUCAGUUUGCCUGUGAACUUUGCCUUUUUGAUGUUGUAUGUGGUAGCAUCCAAGAAGUUCAGCUACUUGUCAUUUGCUGACUCUCCGCUGGAGGAUGCAGCCACCGUGCGUGGAAACGCUUUUUCGUUUUUCUCCUUGUGUUACUCUAUUACAUCCACUUGGGGAUCUAUCGCCUCUGAUUACUAUAUUUUGUUCCCGGAGGACACUCCCGAUAUCCAGAUCUUCACCUUAACGCUUCUUGGAACCGCCAUCCCUACCACAUUUGUUGGUGUCGCUGCCAUUUUGAUCGGAAACGUGGCGAUGAACUAUGAGCCUUGGGGUGAGGCCUAUGAGUCAUUGGGAAUGGGAGGCUUGUUGAACGCAGCUUUCCUUCCGUGGGGAGCCGGAGGUAAAUUCUUGUUGUGCUUAAUUUUCUUGUCGUUGAUUUCCAACAAUAUUUUGAAUACCUACUCUGCUGCCUUUGGAGUCCAAUUGAUUGCCAUGCCGUUGGCCAGAAUUCCCCGGUGGAUCUGGGCCAUCUUCUUGACGGGUGUCUACUUGGUUUGUGCCAUUGUAGGUCGUUACAAGUUUGCUACUAUUUUGGGCAACUUCUUGCCAAUGGUGGGAUACUGGAUCUCCAUGUACUUUAUUAUUUUGCUCGAAGAGAACUCCAUUUUCCGGACGGACCGUUUCGCUCACUUGUUUACCAAGGAGAAAGAGAUGGAACCUGAAAAGCACACUGCCUUCAGCGGAAAAUUAACCGGGCCACUGAACGUUCACUACAACUUCCGUAUCUGGAACGACUACGACCGUUUGACCCAUGGAUUCGCAGCUACUGCUUCUUUCAUUGUAGGAGCCACUGGAGCAGCCGUUGGCAUGUCACAGGCCUACUGGGUCGGCCCAUUGGCACGUAAGGUUGGAGGCGAGUUCGGAGGAGAUAUUGCCAUGUGGCUUUGUAUGGGAUUCAGUGGAGUGGUGUAUCCUCCACUUAGGUACUAUGAGUUGAAGAAAUGGGGCCGUUAA